UUAUUUUAAUAGAUGUAUAUCAAGAUUUGGUGAUAUGAAGGAAACUCCAUUAAUAAACUGUCUUCAUGUACAGUGUGUUGGAGUUUCUGCAUACUGAUGAAACUGUCUUUAAAAGAAAACUGACAAAUGCAUCACAGACACAUUUGAUUGUGUUAAAGCGCCCUCUGGUGGAGGGCUAUUACACCACCACAAAAUGUCCAUACUGGCCAUACUGUGGAUUUAGUUAUGGUGUUAUACACUCAGUGGCCAUUCUAUUAGGAACACCUGUCUAUUAUCAAGUUGAACGCUCCUUUUGCCUUUUGAAAUGCUUCCGCACUUCAUGUCAUAGACUUAAAAAAAUAUACUGGAAGCAUUUCUCAAAGGUUCUGGUCCAAAUUGACAAAAUAUCCAAAGUUACUGAAGAUUUCAAGAACAUCGCAAAUGUGCCUGCACGACAGCGAGCAGGCCAUAAAUACCAGAGGUGAAAAGGACAAAGAGGACAGGGAGGGCACAAACGAGAACACACUGACAUAAGAUACAGACUUUCAAAAUAAAACAGGAAAUGCACAGACCGAGAACACAGGGAGCACAGAACCACAAUCCUAAGAACAGAAAAGUCUGAACCCGAACACAUAAUCAGAAUAAACUAGAACACAAGAUCAUUAGAAACACAUAAAGCUGAGUCAGAGCCAGCAUCACCACGCACUGACACAUUUCCCUUUAAAUGUUCCACCCACAGGCUUACUUGGAAAUCAGUUUCACUUAGCAGGAAAUCUCUCACUGUUUCACUUGCGACUUUGCUGCGGCUUCUCUUUGGACUUUAUCCUCCUCUUAAACAUGGCUUAUUUUAAAAUUCUUCUGUUUUUGUGUCUAAUUUCUGAGUUAACAGCUCUUCAGCAGGAUGUUCAGAUGAAGCUUGGAGCUGACGUCACUCUCCAGUGUCAGAUUUCCACAGAUGAAAUAAUCUCAGUGCUGAAGUGGAGCAGAUCUGACCUGAACACAGACGGCUACGUCUACUUCUACAGGAACAAACGCUUCUAUGAAAACUACCAACAUCCAUCUUUUCAUGGCCGAGUGAAGCUGAGGGACCCGGAGAUGAAGGAUGGAGACGUUUCUCUGAUCCUGAAGAACGUCACGUUUAAUGACACUGGAAUGUAUGAGUGUCACGUAGCAGUGAGGAACCCUGUGAGAAGUAAAAGAGUUCACACUGAGAUCAGUCACUUCAUUGACCUCACAGUCACAGCUGCAACACAUGAAAUCUUGUCAGAGAAACGAGUCAUGGAAAAAGGAGAUGCAGAUGGAAACAUGGAUGAUGCUGAAAGGGUUGGACCUCCAACUCUUCAGGUUGUUGCUCCCGUUGUUGUUGUUGUUGUUGUUGUUGUUGUUGUUGUUGCUCUUGUUGCCAUUGGUUUUGUGGUACAGCGACAAAUUCUUCAACAUAAGAAGCAACGUCCAGUCAAGCUUCCUACUGAGGACUCAGCUGAAGUGCAAUGAAGCGCUUAUAGAAAUAUAAAAGCUUUCUUUAGGAAAAUUAAAGCACUGACACGCACGUUGUUUCAGCAUAAACACAUUUUAUUACAUUUAUUUAUACACAGCUUUUAACAAAUUUAUUAGACCACCUUCACCCAGCAACACAAACUCCUCUAAUACGGGCUCUUCAGUGAGGUCUUGACUCAUAUAAUAUAUAUAAUAUCAUUUUGAAUAAAAAGCCACCAGUGUGUUUCUGAUGGACAGAAACACACUGGUGCUUUUCUCCACCAGGGGAAUUCACAAUGACUAAAUUUGAAUACAUUUGUUUAGCUCUGUAAAAACACAAGAACAGGACCACAGUCACUGAAUGCACCUUGAAAAAAUAUUCCCAUAUGCAUUUAUUGAGCCAUAAAUGCAUCCACACACACACACUGUCUACUUCACUCUUAGCCUGUUUGUGGUUUGAGUGAAAGGAUAUUUUUCUGAUUGUUUUCUUAUUUUUUCCUUUUGUUUGUGUUUUUUGGAUUAAUAUUACAAAAUUUUGAGGAAAAAAACAGAUGGCAAAAGUUUGUUGAAAACAUACAGAUGACCAGCAUUUAGUGCAGCCCUGAGCUUUAGUGUAAAAGCUGGGAUUCAUGGUUUUCACACAUAAAUUGGCCACCAGAGUCCAGACCUUUAUUCUUAAGUGGGAAUCUUUGGGAAGUGCUGGAGGAAAACGCUUUGAACUGCAGACUGAAACAGUGAUCAGGUCAAGGUUUUAUUUGUUACAACUGCUGCAGAACACUGAGAUGUCCCAAAGCUUGAGGAUGAAGGCAUGAAAAACACCACAUUUAUUUAACACCAAUAAAAAAAAAAAAAACCUUAAAUAAGUAAUUAAAGAAAUGUAUUGUGCACUGGGUAAAAUAACUGAUGAAACUAACUGUGAAUAUCUCUGAUCAGGUUCAAUGAAUAACUUUAAAAAUGAGGAAGUUCCUGAUGUGCUGAUGGCAGCAUGACUAUACAGAAGUGCAAACCAGGAAGUUAAACACUUUUCUGCAUCAACACAAACUGACUGAAUGAUAAAGAGUCAAUAUUUGCACAUGUGCAGGUCUACUGUAAACACUAAAGUACAUUUAAUAUGAAAAAUACUGUUAAAAGUAAUUUAUUAAAAUAUCUGUGUCAUCCUCUGUUUUUAACAGUUUUUAUAAUAAUAAUGUAUUUACUUUUAUUUUACCAGAAGGUCCCAUUGAGACUGUAUGUUUUAGACAUGAUAAAUGUCCAACAUCUCCACAAUGAAAUGAAAACAGUUGUUUUAUUGUUAUGCCAUGAUAUACCCUGAUGCUCAUAUAAUUAGAGAGAUUGUUACUCCCUGUGAACUAAAUCAAACAUGAAUUAAAAAAUGCAAACAAAUGUGUACUGAACAAUCCCACCCUGCAAAAUAAAUAGGAAGAAAAAAGCGUGUAACACUGAUAAAAAUCCUAAACUUAGACUUUUCUGUUCACUGCUGCUCAAAAUUAUAACUGUUGUUUUCAUGUUAACACUAAGUUAUUGUUUGAACCAUCGUGAUGAAGUUAAGUCAUUCACACUAGUGCUGCUCUGUGACAGUGAAUGGAUGUUGUACUUGGCGUGAACGAUUUGUGAACAUUUGCACUGCUGAUUUUGUGUGUGUUUAAAUAUGCACCAAAUAUACUUGUAAUGACUUUAGUCCAUGCACUCAGAAAAACAGCAAACAAAGGAAAAUAAAAAAAAUGAAAAGAAAUAAGAAAUAUUGUACUCUUUAAUAUAUUAUUAACACAACUGUGUGUAACAUAUUUUUAACAUAAACUUCACACAUAGUGAGAAGAGAAACAAUCGGUAUUUCUGGUAUUUCUGGUUUCUCACCCUGUGAAAGCCCCAAGCAUGAAACAGAUUUGAAUUUAUUUAUUAUUUAUCUUCUUCACAUUAAGAGUCCCUUCUUAAAACCCACCUCUUUUCAUUGGUCACAGUGUGACAGCUGAUAUUGUCUUAAACUGAUUUCCCAUAAAUGAUUUUCAGUUUUUAUUUUGUUCUUAACUUUGGUCGGCACUUGCUGUUUUAAAGAACUGUAUUAAUAAAGUUGGCUUGGCUUAUCAAAUAUGUGAAUUAGUUAUUUACUCAGUAAGUCUGAGUAAAUAUUGUUGUAUGAGUUGUUAUAACCAAGUCACUACCAGUAUUGAACGCAGUCACAGAUGUGCAUUAUUCAGCUUUUUGUUGCUGUUUCUUCCUGCUGGAUUGUGAAGUCUGUCUUCACAGCCACAUCUUUUCCUCUUUUGUUCAUUUUUUUCCUUCUAACUUUGCAUUUAAUAAUUACGCUGUCGUGGUCCCUGUGCCUUUAUUCCAGCAUUUUGUUUCUGUUGUGGACUUUUAGACUUUUUUGAGAUGUGGCUUAUGUUUUUGUUCUUGUUCUGUUGUUCCUGUAUGUGCUGUUCUGCUUCUGCACUCCCACCUGUCUCCUCUCGGCACCUGUUGUGUGUGUUCGAGCUUUUCAGCAGCCAUUCAGCCUUUAAAGACAGGAAUAAUCAUUGGCACCAUUGUCCAGGUGACUUCAGUUUGACUUCCACUGCACAGAAAUGUGUCUGAUUCAUCCGUCAUCAUCCCGGCUUUCCUGAUUUAAAAUGAAUGCAGCACCUUUCUAAUCAUCUGGAUGAUGCGUUCACACGCUCCACCGAAACAAGAUUCAUUUUGCUCUAAUUUAAUUCUGCCAGUGCUUCCCUCCACGGUUAAAUGCCAGUAUAAAAACUUUCCCAUCUAAUAUCAUCACGUCUCACAUGGGCAAAGACGAUAAACGAGAGCUGCUGUGAUCUCAUUUUGCUUUAUAUUGAAAAUGCCUUCAGGUGCUUCCUCCUCGACUUGUGGCUUCAUGGUAAAUGGUAAAUGGCCUGUAUUUGUAUAGCGCUUUACUUAAUCCCAAUGGACCCCAAAGCGCUUUACACUACAUUCAGUCAUUCACCCAUUCACAGACUGGUGAUUGCAAGCUACAUUGUAGCCACAGCUUUCCUGGGGUGCACUGACAGAGGCGAGGUUCAUAGGUGGCGUUAAGCCUUGUGAGAGAACUGAUGGUGCUGGUUGUAUUUCAUGCACAUGAAGAAAAUCCCAAAUAUCUCGACUUAACUGAAUACUACCUGCUUCUUUCCUUAACAAUACCAGUGAGACAAUACCAAUGAGAGUGAAAA